AUGCCAUCCAGCACCCCCGACUUUCUCAAGACACUCACCUACCCCCGCCCAGACUUAACCAGCUCCAUCCUCAGCACCCCACCCCCCCACCCCGCACCCCGCGCGCUUCUUCUUCCCCCUCCCCGCCUCCCUCGGCGCCCUCGACACCCUCCCGCUCGAGCUCCUCCACGACAUCAUCCACGCCCUCCCCUCAGCGCGCUCAGCCCCCUCCUCUCCACAAGUUCCAGCACCCACGCCCUCCUCCUCUCCGACCCGCUCUACCGCAACCUGCGCGCCCACGCCGCCCACGCGCUCCACGCAUACUCCGCGACCGCCCUCGGCGCCUCCAUCACCGUCGCACAGCUCUCAAAGGCGCUGUGCACAGAGAGCUGCGCGCAUUGCGGCGAGUUCGGCCCCUUCCUCUGGAUGCUCGACUGCACGCGGUGCUGCUGGGCGUGCCUGACGCAGCACCCGGACCUGCUGCCGGUCGCGCCAGAGGAGGCAAUGCAGCUGUACGGCAUCCCGGGUGAGCGCGCGGCGGCGGGGGGGCUGCCAGUCAUGAGGAGUGUGCCGGGGGUGUAUAGGACGUGGAAGGAGGUUUGUGUCGAGCCCGAGUCGAGACGGUUUGUGUCGCGGGCUGCGGCGAGGAGGGUUGCUGUGGCGGUCCACGGCAGCGCCGAGAAGGUGGAGGAGUAUAUUGCUGCGCGGGCGCAGAAGGUGCAGGUGGUGUCGGAUUCGAAGGAUAUGGAUGUCCGCCGGCUUCUGGGCGUGAUUGCGAUGCCGACGCUGGAUCGUAGGGCGGGGAGAGUGGAGCAUGGUGUCUCUUGUAAGGGGUGCACAAGCACGCUUCCGGUGGUUGCGUUGAGGGGCGAGGGCAUGCCCUAUAUGCCAGUGAGAAUUGGGAGCGGGUUGGAGGGGUUUGAUGCGAGAAAGAGGGAGCUGGGGAGGAUGUUUACCACGCAGGGAUAUCUGGCGCAUUAUCAAGUAUGUGGGAGGGCGAGAGAGCUGUGGGAGUGGGAGAUGGAGAUGAAUGAUGAAGAGGAGGAGGAAGACGAAGAUGAGUGGGACAUGGAGGAGGUAGAUAGGAGCUCGCCUUUCUUAUGA